CACCCAUUUUACUUGCCAAGAAUCUGCUCUCCCCUCCAAUUUCAUCACCACAUAUUCUUACAGAUCACAGAGAAAAGAGGGCCAGAAGAACAAGAAAAGGACCAGUGAGAAUACAGAAUGCAAACCCUAACCCAGAUUUUCAGUCCGCGCACUCCUUCCCUCAGCCGCCAUGGCACUACAUCUAAAGCCCUAGCAUUUUCAAGAACACCUCUAAGGUUAAAGGAGAGGGAAAAUUUGAGCUGCUGUGCUCCCCUGUUUGUUGAUUCUAGAGAAAUUUCGGGGGAUUGGGCUAAGAAGGUCAAUCGAGCCGUAGUUUCAGCUGUUGAUGAAGGAAACAUGGACGCUGGUGCCCCGAGAAGGAGAAAAGUUGUUGAACAUAUAUGCCUACUGAAAGCAAAAGAAGAUUUGUCCGAAGAGCAAGAGAAAGACAUGCUGGAUCACCUUUAUACGAUACAAUAUCAGUUGCGUGGCAUCGUUGCCAUAUCACUAGGACGUAUUUCUGAUGAAAAUCUCGAACAAUAUACCCAUGCUAUCUUUAUGCGUUUCCAGACAAAAGGGGACCUUGCCAAGUUCUAUGAAAACCCUUCAUGUAUGGCAGUCUUUAAGGAACAUGUGAUCCCUUACUGCCAUGGAUUUAUGAAUUUGGACUUUGAGUCUGAAGUAGAAGAUGAUAUAAUCCCGAUAUUCCGAAAGGGAGAGGAGUUCAACUAUGGUGUCGAGCAUAUGCUUCUUGUAGAUUUUAUAAGGAGUUCUCUGGGCAGGCCAGCAGAAGAUGCAAUGGUUUCUCUCGCAAAAUUGACUGCAAAAUUUCCUUCUUUGAUUGUCCAAGCUACUGAAGUGCUAUUGCACUUAAACGUUGAUAUCAUAGUACAGAUUGAAGCACUGAAGGAUAUAACAUACCAAUACUGA